AUGUCUCCUAAUGACGCGAUGAUCGCGCGCGUGUGUCGCACGUUCAGCGAUGCCUUUGCAAUGGAUGAAGCGACGGCGAAGGAGCGGGGGAAGAAGUACUGGGUCAGUCGAGUUCUGGGUUCCGGUGCGACCGGCACCGUACUGUGUGCGAAGCGCACGUCGGAUGGGGAGUCUUUUGCCGUGAAGGUUGUGGACAUGGAGGGCAUGUCGGAAGCUGACAAGAACCGCGCACAGGCGGAGGUGCACUGCCUGCUAAACUGUGACUUUUUUUCCAUACUGAGGUGCUACGAGGACUUUGCAAAGAAGGACCUUGCCGACGAGGAGAAUGUUUUGAUGAUGGCACUGGUGCUUGACUACGCAAAUGCCGGGGAUCUCCGCCAGGAGAUCAAGAGCCGUGCCAAGGCGUCGCGAACAUUUCGUGAGCACGAGGCAGGUCUUCUUUUCAUUC